AUGCUCGUCUCUGUUUCUUCUCUGUCUUCUUUUUCUCCUGCUCUCUAUGAUUGCCGUUUAUUACAUGUCGAUGACGGUUCCAAGGAGCGCGGUUACGGCCACGCCAUUGUCGCUGGUGUCGAGCGUUACCCCCUCAAGAUCACCAAGAACAUGGGCAAGAAGCGCAUUGCCAAGCGCUCCAAGGUCAAGCCUUUCAUCAAGAUCGUCAACUACAACCACAUCAUGCCCACCCGUUACGGUUUGGAGUUGGAGUCCUUGAAGUCUGCCGUCACCCUUGACUCGUUCAAGGAGCCUUCCCAACGCGAGGAGGCCAAGAAGGCCAUCAAGAAGCUCUUCGAGGAGAGAUACAACAGCGGCAAGAACAAGUGGUUCUUCACCAAGCUCCGCUUCUAA